CAUGAUGACGUACAAAUUGAGAAUUUUCAGGAAGGUUGCAAAACAGUUGCGUCAGAAACUUGCGCACUUCUUGCUGGAAAGGUGAACGACGAACGUCUGUCUCGAUUGGAACAGGAUAAAUAAAUAUUGUCACCAUGUUAGUGGCGAGGCUGACAUGUCUGAGGAGUCUCCCUCUCGCCGGGCUCCGUCCUGUGCUGACACACAGCUCUCCAGCCCUGAGAGCUCCCACCCUGAAGGCCUGUCCGCCUUUGCUCAGGCCCCAGCAGGGUUAUUCCUCAAAGGCCAGGUUUGGUUUCCGUCGUGCAAGGACGACCAGGGACCAGCUCAAAGAAGCAGCUUUUGAGCCAGCAACGGAGACAGCCAUCAAAAUUGACGGCAUGGGAAGGAUGAUCCUGGCUGGAGGUGCAGCAGUUGGCCUUGGAGCUCUGUGCUACUAUGGACUUGGAAUGUCCAAUGAAAUCGGUGCCAUUGAGAAAUCAAUGAUUUGGCCUCAGUAUGUGAAGGACAGGAUCCACUCCACCUACAUGUACUUUGCAGGCAGUGUUGGACUGACUGCUCUGUCAGCUGUGGCUGUGAGCAGGACCCCAGCACUGAUGGGUCUGAUGAUGAGAGGAUCCUGGCUGGCAAUCGGAGCAACUUUUGCAGCUAUGAUUGGUGCUGGCAUGCUGGUUAGAUCAAUUUCAUAUGAGCACAGCCCAGUCCCCAAACAUCUCGCUUGGAUGCUCCAUGCAGGUGUGAUGGGUGCUGUCAUCGCUCCCCUCACUCUCCUGGGAGGACCUCUGAUGAUAAGGGCAGCCUGGUACACAGCAGGCAUUGUGGGAAGUCUGUCCACUGUGGCCAUGUGUGCUCCGAGUGAGAAGUUCCUCAACAUGGGAGGGCCAUUGGCUGUUGGAUUUGGAGUGGUGUUUGCCUCUUCUAUUGGAUCGAUGUUCCUGCCGCCCACCUCGGCAUUCGGAGCCGGCCUGUACUCAGUUGCCAUCUAUGGAGGUCUGGUUCUGUUCAGCAUGUUCCUCCUUUAUGAUACACAGAAGGUCAUCAAGAGAGCAGAGACACACCCACUCUAUGGUGUACAGAAAUAUGACCCCAUUAACGCGUGUAUGGGGAUCUACAUGGACACACUGAACAUUUUCAUGAGGCUUGUGAUGAUUCUGGCCAACGGCGGCGGCGGCAGAAGGAAGUAAACACCUGCAUUCUGACUUCAGUUUUACGUUCCACAGAGGUGAACAAAGUCACGUUUUGUUACUAGCAGCAUACAACCAGGUGUCACCCUUUAGAGACGCAGCUUUUCUCACUGGUAGAUCAACAUCAAAGCUUUGCAAGUGUGCGAAGAGGAGGAUUGCACUCUGGUGCAUGUUGCCAGUACAAGUAAAGAAGCAGAAUUGCUGUACCUUGAUAACACACUGAGAAGGGGCUCUUGCUUUGAUUUUGGAAGAAUCUGAUUAAUCCUGGGGGGUCACAGAUGAGUUAAAGCUGUCUGCCUGUAUCAUUUUUGCCUGCAUCAGAUGUCCUUUGUAUUAUUCUUUGUGCUUUCUAUUUAUUUUCAGUUGUUGAUGUUUCUGUUUUAACCAGUGAAAGUUCUAUAAAAUAAGAACAAAAGAACAGAAAUGCCACACAUGUCAAACAUAGACUGGUCCAUAAUCACCGUACAAUAAAUGACUAUGCUGUAUGUAUUUUGCUCCAGAUUUCACUGAUAAUGCACUUCUGUUAUUGGUUAAAGAGGAUAUUGAUUCAUAUAUUUCUGAGAGAAAUGCAGUUAUUUCAACAGUGGAAUCACCUAAUAAACACAUCAAAAGUGA